AUGAAUUUACCACCAGCGCCGAAAAAAGCGAGAAGAAGUGAGGUGAGGAUUUUGGCUGGAAAAUUAGAAUUUUGAAAAUAUAAAUAGCUCUCAGAUCAAAAAACUAUCAAAUGUUCCCAGAUUUUUGAAAAAAAAUUUCCCAAAAUUGAAGCUUUUCCCAUGUUUUCAAAUUUUCCCAGAAUUUGUUUUUGAAUCAAAAAUUCAACUAGAAAAUCCGGAAAAAAUCCCCAUUUCCAGAUCUCGCGAGCUCUAAACGAAAGUGUUUUUUGCGAAGACGACGAAGACGAAGAUUCGCCAUUCACAAUGUAUUUUGUGCGAAUUCCAACGGUUGAAGAGGAAUUUCCGACGAAAGAGGAGGAAAAUAUGCACGCCGAGUUGUUUAGGGUAAGAAGCAGGCAGUUUUUGGUUCUUUAAUUUUGAAAGGGAAAAAAUAAUGUUUCAAAAAUAUACUGUGAAAUUCAUUUUGGAAACAAAAAUCUCACUGUUUCAUAAAUUAAAUAAGUUAAAUUUUUUGCUAAAAAUGUAAUCAUAAUCUUUUUUUUUACUCAAUUAUCACGAUAUCGACUUUUCUGGGUGUUUCUACUGUUUCAAAAAAAAAUGAAAAUUCCAGGAAUUCCUAUUUAUAAAUCACGUAAAAUUACGUUUCAAAAUUCAAAUAUUUUCAAAACGAAAUUUCAAGCUCUGAUUUACGAUUUCUUCCCAAGAUCAUCAGAAAUUUAAAAAAAAAUAGAAAAUGACGCGAAAAAUUUCACUGUUUCAAAAUUCAACUAUAUUUAUUGUUGGGAAUUAGGUUUUUUAUUGGGUAAAAUAUUUCUAAUCUCCGCGAAUAAAUAAUUCAAAAAUAACGUUUUCUUCUGAAUUUUUAUUUUGAAAAAAUUCCACUGUUCCAGAGGUAUAGCAAAUUUUGAACACUUCUUGUCACAAAUUAAAAUUUCAAAAAAAAACCUCUCGAAAUUCCGUAGUUUUCUAUGUAAUUUUGAAAAUUCCAAUUUUUGACCCAAAUACAUCACGUAAAAAUACGUUUCAAAUUUGAUAUAUUUUUUAAAACGAAAUUUCAAGUUUUGAUUCGGUUCUCACGAUCAUCAGAAAUUUGGAAAAAACAGUUUAAAAAUUAUGCUAAAAAUUUCACUGUUUCAAAAUUCAACUAUAUUUUUUUUGAGAAUUAAACUUUUGAUGAAUUGAACAAUCCGUAUAAUCUCCACGAAUAAAUAAUUCAGAAAUACAUUUUUCUUCUGAAUUUUUUUGUUAAAAAAUUCCACUGUUAUAGCAAUUUUUUAAAUACUUCUUGUCCUAAAUAAAAAUUUCAAAAAAAAAAAGAACCUCACGAAAUUCCCUAAUUUUGAUGUAAUUUUGAAAAUCCCAAUUUUUAGUCUCAAAUACAUCACGUAAAAAAUACGUUUCAUAAUUUAAAUAUUUUUUAAACGAAAUUUCAAGCUCCGAUUGAGCUGUUUUCCUAAUAUUAAUGUUUUAAAAAAUUCGCUUGCAGACCGUCUCAGAUGCUCGAAUUUAUCCCGAAUGGAUCGACGCCGACGACAUUUUCCAACUUCCUCAAAAAUCCGAUUUUUUCGUUGUUCCAAUGUUUCGCGGUCAAAUAUUCCGAAAAUUAGCGACAGAAGGAUAUCGUGUCUACGGUCCUCCAAUUGUCUCAGAAUGUGUUGAACAAGAAAAACCCCUUCCCCAAUGCAAUCAUCCAGUUUAUUCGAGUGUUUUUGAGGGUGUAAAAGUGACUUGCACCGGAUUUUUACCCGAAAAACGACGGGAGAUUUAUGAGAAAAUUGAAUGGAUGAAUGGAACAGUGUCGGUGAAUUUGUACGAAACAAUAACGCAUUUAAUUUGUGUGAAAGCGGAUACGAGAUCGGAGAAGUUUAAAGUGGCGUGUAGAAGUGAAGAUAUUCAAUUGAUGAGAAGAGAAUGGGUUGAUGAAUUAUGGGAGGAGACCAAAAUUAUUAUGGUGAAAUUUAGUGCGAUUGAUGAAAAUGUGGAGAAUAGCUAUAAAUUGAGAAUUUUUGAAGGAUUGGUGGGUUCUUUUGGGGUUUAGAAAAUUAAUAUAAUUUUUUGUCUAGACUCUCUAAAAAUUUGUUAUCAUACGCGAUUAAAAAUAAUGAUAUUGCUCAUGUUAAUCAAUUUGAUCGUCUUGUAAUUAGUCUAAAAAUUGUUUAAUAAGAGCAAUGCCCGGAAUUCGGUUUUAUGGUUCUUUUUCUCUAGAUUCUCUCAAUUUCUCAAAAUUAUUUCACUGUUUCAAAUUUUUAUUAGAGGAGAAAGCUUCUUAUGAAUUUGUCUGGUGAAUUCUAAUUUUUAAUGUUAAAAAUUUGAAACAGUGAAAUUUUUAAAUAUAUUUUUUUAAUAAUAUUUUUCAAAAGACAUGUCUAAUUUCUGUUCAAAAUAAUUAUUUUUGUUCAAAAUUGAAUUAAGAUAAGCAGAAGUAGAUCUAACAUUUAAUAAAAUUUCAAAAAAAAUUUUAAAAAAUGAAAAAAAAACGUUUUUUUUUUCAAAUUUUCGAGCUAUAUUUUCCGAUUUAUCAAUCAGUGAAAAAUGUCUUCAAAUUUUGUUAUUUCAUUUUUGAAACAGUGAUUUUUAUAUGAAAAAACAUUGCUUUUGUAAAUUUUCUCACAAACAAAAAAUCAAUAAUUAAUUCCAGGAAAUGUCUUUGGCUGGUAUGGAGGGCGCUGAUCGAAGUAACACAAUAAAACUAAUCGAAGAAAAUGGCGGAAAAGUAUCAGGCGAUCUGGUGAAAGCCACGUGUACCCAUGUAAUCACUGAAAAUCUGAAACACAAAAAAUAUUUGAAAGCUGAAAAAUGGGGAACAAUUCAUAUUGUGCAACCGAGAUGGGUUAGAAAAUGUGUGGAAAUUGGGAGAAUCAUCGAGGAAUCGAAAUAUCAUCCGAAAUUAUUGAUUGAAGCGAAUAAAGAUCGAAUUAUACGAUCAACAUCGACACCAACAAAAGAGAAUCCGGUGAAUUUGUCAGCUGAUAUAUCAUCGAUUUCUGGUGUUGGUGGAAAGUUGAAUUUUUCGAAUUCGAUUAGUUUGAGCCAAUCGGUGAGCAGUUGUACUGCAAUUGGAAGACAACAACAACAACAAUCUAUGACAAUUAAUGAGGAGAGGAUUUUUGAACGAGUUACGAAUAGUCAUUUGGAAACACCGACACGGAUUGUUGCGAGACAAAUUGCGUCGACUAGUUUCUUUGAUCCGAUUGAUGAUUUGUUUUUGGAAAAUGAUGAGGAUUCGGAUUUGUUUGAGGUAAAGAGAAUGGGGGGAGGUUGAGCAUUCCAGAAAAAUUGUUAUAAAUUCUAGGCUUGGCUGAAAAAAUAAUUUUUGUUUGAAAAAUUUUUAUUCCGUAUCAGAAUUAAAAGCAAAGCUGCAAAUUUAUAUGAAAAUAUUGAAACAGUGCAAUUUUUUUUCAUUAAAAAAAAUUAAUUCGUAAUUUUGGCCAAUUUUUAUAACCGGAAAAAUCAGGUAGAAAUUUUGGAACAGUGGGAUUUUCUCAUGUUUUUUUCAUGUUUUUAUUGCUUGAUUAAAAAAUGAAAAAGCUGAAAAUUUAUAUGAAAAUUUUGAAACAGCAGAAUAUUUUAUAGAGAAAAAACUAAACUGGCUUUUUUUUUCUAAAAAUGUUUAAAACGAUAUCAAUGGAUAUUUAAAUAUGUGGAAAAAUAAAAGACAUUUUUGAAACAGUGGGAUUUUCCUAUUGGUUUUAUUUAGUUCGACCCAUCAAAAAAUGAAAAAAAACUGAAAAUUUAUAUGGAAAUUUUGAAACAGCAGAAUAUUUUCGAAAAAAACCAAAAUUUUCUUUUUUUUUUUAUUCUAAAAUUUUUCUUAAUUCUGAGCUUGCUAAUGGAAAAUAAAACCUGGAAAAUCAGAUAGAAAUUGUGAAACAGUUAGAUUAUAUUCUGACUACCCAUCAAAAAAUGAAAAAUUUGCAAAUUUAUAUGAAAAUAUUGAAACAGUGAAAUUUUCUAGGGUUAUUUUUUCCAAAACACCUUUGUUCAACAAUAUUUUUUUUAAAAACCUGAAAAUUUAUACGACACUUUUGAAACAGUGAAAUAUUUUCAUAUUUUCCAGGGCUGCAUGAUUUGGCUAUGCGGAGUGGACCCGAAAAAACAGGACAAAUGGCGUCGAGUAUUGGACAGAUCCGGCGCGACUCGCGUUCAAAAAAUCGACUCGGCCACCCAUGUUGUCGUCCUCCAACCAACAGCCAUCGAAAAAUCAACAAUACGAAAAUACUCGAAUCAACCCGAUAUUUUCAUCGUCACCGCACAUUGGAUUGUUGAAUGUUUCAAGAAAAAAGACUUGGUGCCGUGGGAAGAAUUUGAGUGGAAUGAAGCAGCUGGAAAUGAGACAUUUACACAGGAAAAAGUGGGAGGAGGAGGACCGCCGAUUGUUGCGAGAAUGAGCCGGACACCGAGUGUUACGACUACGUUGACCGCGUUUACUGAAGAACCCGCGAAGCAGAUUAAAGGCCUUUUUUCGUGAGUAUUUGGGGAGGUUUUGCGAAAUUUUGAGAAAUUAAAAAUCUAAAUUAUUCUAUUUUUCUGGAAAUUUCAUUCUGAAAAUCCAAAAAAUGUUCACUGUUUCAAAAAAACCAUUAAUUUUUCUAUGAACUUAUUUUUUCGAUGUACCAUAGGUGUUUAAAAUAAUAUCUUAAAUUUAGCUGCGUAUCUCAUCUCUUGACUGAGUAUCUAAUGUCCAGAUUAUUGAAGUGAAGAUUAAUUUGACUGCGUAUCUAAUUCCCGUGAAACACGUGAUCUACAAAUACUACAAUUUUGGCUUACAAAAAAGCUUUCAAAUUGACUGCGUACCUCACUGAGUAUCAAAUAGCUGUACGUUUUUGAGAAACAAAAUUCUGAAUUACAAAAUAAAAACUAAAAUUUUCACUGUUUCAAAAAAUUAACAUUCAUUUUUUGCUCCAUGAAAUUUUCAGUUUUCUGAGCUUUUCCAAGAAAUGAAGUUUAAUUUUCAAAUAUUUUUGGUUUAAAAAAAUAGUUAAAUUUUAGAAAAACUGAAUUUAUCCAAAUAAAAUUAUGAUUGAAUAUUCGGAUCUGUGAUUAAAAAAUUGUAUUUUGUUUCAAAUACUAUGACAAUUUUGAAACAGUGAAUUAUUUUCGAUGAAAAUCCCGAAUUUUGUUUUCAAAAAAAUUGUUUUGUAAUGGGGCUAUUCAAGUAUUUUCUCAACACGCUGAGAAAACAGGAGAAAUGCGGAGAAAAUGCAUUUUCUUCACUUUUUUCGUAUUUUCUCAGCCUACCUGAAUAGGUUUUCUUCGCUUUUCUCAGCGUUGAGAAAAUAACUUGAAUAGCCCCAUAAGGUUUUCCGAUGGUUUUUUCGUCAAAAAUUGAAAUAUAAAAUUUUUAAAUUAAAUGUCUUCAUUGUUAAGAAAAAUUAUUGUUUUCCUAUGAAAAAUAAUUUUUUUAAUCGAAAUUUUUCACUGUUUCAAAAAAUCAUCAACUUUUUUCUGAAGAAACCUUUUAGAUGAUAGAGAAAAUACAUUUUCUUGUUUUGCAGACCUCUCCGCUUUUUCCUCCACUCAACAUUGCCUUCCCAAAUCGCCCAAAUCUACACCGAAAAACUUCAAGAAAACGGUGGAACAAUCGCAAAAACCGUCGAAGAUUGUGACUAUGUUGUAUUCAAUCAUUCAGCUCCAAUCAAUAUUUUAUUAUCAUUCGAUGCAGUUGUCACAUAUUUAUAUAUUGAUACUUGUAUCAAACAAUCGAUAUUGCUCGAAGUUUCUUUUCAUCCAUUAUUUGUUCCAUUUCCUCAACCAAUUAGUCCCAUUUUUAAUGCGAUUAAUUUUAUUAUUUAUAUGAAAAAUGAAUUUGUGACGAAAUAUGUGAAGGAUAUGAUUGAGAAAAAUGGCGGAAUUGUUAAUGAGAUAAACAAUAUUCAGGCGGUAAGUUAAAUUUCUGAUUUUAUUGGAGCUAGAAUGAAUCUUGGCUCAAAAAUCGGAGAAUUUCAGGGGUGUUCAGGAUUAAUUAUAGUUUCAAAAAAUCCGAAAAUUACACCUUCAUUUUUACAGCGCGAAAUCUCGUAUUUCAUAAUGAUGGAACAACUUGAUCUCUCAAAACCAACCAAGGUCCCAAAAGCAAAAAUGAUAGAUUUAUCUUGGAUUAUAUCAAGCAUUGCUCAUUGUAAACGCCUGCCACAAAAUGAUUUUUUGUUCAGCGGAGUACCGCUCAAAAAUUUCGAGCGAUCUGAUGAUGUUUGGGUGAAGUAUACGAAUGAGAAGGAGAAUAAUGCAACACAGGUUAUUAGGAAAGCAAAUGUGGAAGAGGAGCAGGUAAGGAAUUUUGGAUUUUUGUAGGAAAAUUCUGGAAUUUUUAACACAAACUAGACCCAAAAAUCUGGAAAUUAUAAUUUUUCACCAAAUUUAAUUUCGAAAAAAAUUGAUUUUUCAAAUUUUGACACCAAAUACCUUAGCUACAGUAUUCCGGGUUUCUAGUGCCUGAAACUUUUCAAAAUUCAAAAGUUUUAACCCCAAAAUUAUCACUCUCAGGCUACCAAAAUCUUUUCAAAAUUUAAAUUUUUCCCUCCCGCCAAACAGCUAAGCUACAGUAUCCCCGAUCUUUGGCGGCAAUUUUUUACUACAGUAUUUGAAAAUGCAAGAUUUUGUAUGAAAAAAUUUAAAUUCUUCAAAUGAAUGCUAAAAAAAAAUUUCUGGGAGUUUUCAUGAAAAUUCUGAGUUUGGGAUAUUUUCUCCAAAUGGUCUCAUUUUCAGGUCCAAGAAGUUGUCGAAGAAAAUCGCGAAGAACUUCGAACGUCACAUCGAAUCGAUCUGACAAAACCAAUCAAACCAAACUGGAAUCUCGACGGAAUCAAUGAAAUAAUCGAUGAAAUUCCAACACCAACUGGCAACGAAUCAAUCGAUUUCUCCUCGAUAACAACAACGCGAAUGGGAGAAAUUCUAAGAAAAGCUGUUGAAAAUACGGGAAGACGGAAGGAAAAAGAAAUCGAGAAGAAAUUCUUGUUGAGUUGUUCUGAAAUGUCAACUGAAGAAAGACAGAAAAUUCGAGAUAUUAUUGGAGAAUUGAAAGGAAUUGUUGUCGAGAAUCAUUGUGCUGAAGUGACGCAUUUGAUUUGUCCGAAAUUGGUGAGAUUUUGGGAAUUUGGGAGAAAAUUGGGGAUUUUUCGCUCAAAAAUCAAUAAAACAUGCAAAAUUUCAAUUAUUGGCUGUACAAAUUAUAAAUUUUCAGUCAAAAAUCGAUAUUUUCGCAUUAGAGCACAUUUGCUCUUCCGAUUUCCAAAAAAAAAUUGUAUGAGAUUUUCAGCUCGAAAAUCAUUUUUCCCCGAAAUUUCAGAAUCGAACCCCAAAAGUUCUGUGCACCUUGGCGUCUGGAAAAUGGUGUCUAACACCAGAUUUCAUUUUUGAUUCGCAAAAGGCCGGAAAAUGGAUUGAUGAAAAAGAAUAUGAAUGGACAGAGGAAAAAGUGUCGAAAAACGCGAAAAUCAUUGAAAAACAAUUGGCACAAAGGUGCAGAUUUUGGCGCGAAAAAAUUGAUCGAAUGCCAAUCAAUAAUAUUUGGAUGGUAGGAGAACUUAAAGGAACAUAAAUCAUAUUUUUUUAAUUCAGAAAAGCCGGCAAAAUGGGGCAUUUAGUGAUUGGAAAUGUGUAAUUCAUGCUGAAGAUAAACGAGCUCUUCAAAUUUUGUCAAUUCUUGAAGCUGGUGGAGCACAGGUUUUUAAAAUUGUCGAAUAUUCUGAAAUUGUUGCUCUCAAUCCCACCCACGUUUUUGUGACAAAAGAUUUUGAGUGGAAUGCGCAAAAUGCGAAAAAAUUGAAAAAGGAAUCGAUCAACUUAUUGAUUUUUGAUUAUAUUUACGAGUUUUUAAUCGAUGAAAAUGCGAGUUUGGAGAAGUUUUUCAGAAAAUUUUGA